UGCUAACUGAAUCCUCCCGCCAAAUUCAACCGCCCUGAUCGAUCAUCUUCUUCUCCUUCGUCUUCCUCAACCUCUGCUUAAACCCUUCUCUUUCUCUCUCUAUCUCUAUCUCUCUCUCUCUCUCUCUCUCUAGAUGCACAGAGACCUCUCCUCUCCUCCCCAUGUCUCCCUCCCCUAAAACCACCCUCCUCCUCCUCCUCCUCCUCCUCCCCUCCCUCCUCCCCUCCGCCCUCCCUUCCCCCACCGCCAUCGGCGUCACCUACUCCCCCUCCAACUCCUCCUCCGCCUCCCCCGCCGCCCCUCCCGGCCUCCCCCCGCCCGACCGCGUCGCCGCCGCCGUCUCCGCCCUCAAGAUCCCCUCCGUCCGCCUCCCGGACCCCACCCCGCAGCUCCUCCGGGCCUUCCUCUACUCCAACACCUCCCUCCUCCUCUCCGUCCCCAACGCCCUCGUCCCUUCCCUCGCCGCCAACCGCUCCGCCGCCCUCUCCUGGCUCUACCGCCACGUCGUCCCCUUCUACCCCCGCGCCCGGGUCUCGGCCAUCUCCGUCGGCAGCAACGUCCUCGACGCCCACCCCAACUACGCCGGCCUCCUCGUCCCCGCCCUCCGCAACUUCCGAUCCGCGCUCCGCGACCUCGGCAUCCGCGACGUCGCUGUCUCCACCACCUUCUCCUUCAUCAACGUGAUGACGACCACGUUCCCGCCGUCCGCGGCCCGGUUCCAGGAGCCCUACGCAGAGGCCGUGAUGAAGCCCCUGCUCGAUUUCCUGAGGGACACCAACUCUUCUUUCAUGGUGAACAUCUACCCUUACAAUCUCUACCGGCUUCGCUGCGAGAUCCCCCUAGGGUUCGCUCUUUUCCAGGAGCACCCGUUCAUGUACCGGGACGACUUGACGACCGGGGUCCGGUACCGAAACCUCUUCGACAUGAUGGUCGACGCGGUGGUCGCUGCGAUGGCGGUCGCCGGGCACGAGAACAUCCCCGUGAUUGUGGCUGAGACAGGGUGGCCGAGCUCGAGCCCCGACGCAACAGAGAUCGACGCCAACGAGCUCUACUCCGGAAUGUACGUGAAGGGCCUGUUGGGGCACUUGAGGUCGGGGCAAGGGACGCCGCUGAGGAAGGAAGGUGUUGCAGAGGCUUACGUUUACGAGCUGGUCGACGAGGAAGCAAAAGGGACGGCGAGCCAAGCUCGGGCGCGAAACUGGGGGAUUUUGUAUGCGAAUUUCAGCGAGAAGUAUGAGGUUCAGUUCUCUUGUGCCGGCUAUUGUGGGUCGCCGGAGGAGUUGUUGAUUGGGUUCGUGGUGAUGCUGCUGAUUCUGGCCUGGUUGAUAUGGUAUGUACCGAAUUCUCCGUGGUGAUUCCGUUUCGACGGGGUUCGAUUUCGUUCUCGCUCUUCUCUUCAAUCGAGCACCGUCACUCUCGGAGGAGGAGAUGAUUGUUCACGUCCACAUUUCGGGUUUGAAGCUUUGAUCGUCUAGCACCCGCAGUCGCCGAUUCCGCCGCAUCAUUGUUCCUGUGUUCUUAUGAUAUGAUCUUUGAUUCUGAUGUACUUCUUUUGUUCUUUUUUGGGGGGUCUGGACAUGUUAGAGUAGGAUUUGACAUCAGUGGUUGAUUGGAAGAGGAGUGGAGUGAUCUGGAUCUUGCUUGAUCGACCAAUUCUUUUUGUUUCGAUGCCGAGAAUUAUCUAGUUCUUUUCCUUCUGUUGUUAGCUCAGAGCAUGAAGUUUUCUGCAAAUUUAAUCGAACGCGAUGGCGCCGCCACUGUUACUGGUUUCUUGAA